UUCGCGCGCGCGGUCGUGUCUAGUCGCAGCGUCGCGCGUCGCCGCCCGCUGGCGCACUAUUGUGUCGUCUUCCCUACCCCCCUCAGACACCCCUACACACAUACACCUCUGACCUCACCGACGGCCACGCGUGUUCCAUCGUCGGCUCGGGCGGGUGGGGGCAACGAGACUAGCGUUCGUGUCAGACCACACACACACACACACACACACACAUACACAAACAAUUUCCGUUGACGUGAUGAAACCGAGCUAACAGCUAACCCUCUGAAACAUGAAAAAAUGCGUUCGCGGGACGUUGUUCCCCGAAAACUUUCUCCGCAGCACACGUGUUCCAUUCUGUUCUAGACUUGCAGACCUUGAGACACUUGCAGGAAGGGUCGGGUAGGCGGGCGCGGGCGAGGGCGAUGAGCUCCUGACCUGCCGCGCGAUGGAGGACGUCUCGGCCCCGCGGGUCGCCGGGGCAGGCAUCUCGCAGCUGCGCUACGCCUACGCGCAGUGCAGCAACCUGUCGGCCCACCUCGGCGAGCUGCCGGCCAUCUGCCGCAACAGCUCCGCCGGCGACGGCGACGACGACGAGUCGGCGCAGGCCAACCAGAUGAUCACGCAGAUCGUGGCCGUGGUGGUGCCCAUCCUGUUCGGCCUGAUCGUGCUGGUGGGGCUGUUCGGCAACGCGCUGGUCGUCAUCGUGGUGUCCGUCAACCAGCAGAUGCGCAGCACCACCAACCUGCUCAUCAUCAACCUGGCGCUCGCCGACCUGCUCUUCAUCGUCUUCUGCGUGCCCUUCACCGCCACCGACUACAUGCUGCCCUACUGGCCGUUCGGCGACGUCUGGUGCAAGGUGGUGCAGUACCUGAUCGUCGUCACGGCGUACGCGAGCGUGUACACCUUGGUGCUCAUGUCGCUGGACCGCUUCCUCGCCGUCGUGCACCCCAUCGCGUCCAUCUCGGUGCGCACGGAGCGCAACGCCGUGGCCGCCAUCGCCGUCACCUGGGUGGUGAUCCUGCUGUCGUGCGUGCCGGUCUACCUGAGCCACGGCGUCACCGACUACAUCUACCUGUCGUCCGAGCACACGGCGUGCGUCUUCCUGGACGACUACAACAAGCCCGUGUUCCAGAUCCUGUUCUUCGCCACGUCGUACGUGGUCCCGCUGGCGCUCAUCUGCGGCCUGUACCUGUGCAUGCUGCUGCGUCUGUGGAGGGGCGCGGCCCCGGGAGGCCACGUGUCCGCGGAGAGCCGGCGCGGCAGGAAGAGGGUCACCCGCAUGGUGGUGGUGGUCGUCGCCAUCUUCGCCGUGUGCUGGUUCCCCAUCCAGAUAAUCCUGGUGCUGAAGAGCAUCAACAUGUACGAGAUCACCAACGCGAGCGUGAUGGUGCAGAUCGUGAGCCACGUGCUGGCCUACAUGAACUCGUGCGUGAACCCCAUCCUGUACGCCUUCCUGUCCGAAAACUUCCGCAAGGCGUUCCGCAAGGUGAUCUACUGCGCGCCCGCCGGCGCGGGGGGAGCGCGCUACCAGCGGGCCGCAUCGGCCACCGUGCACGCAAACGGCGACACGCGCGUCCUGCCCGCCUCCAAGAACACGCGCACCAACGGCUGCAGCAACGACAUCUUGUGAGCUGAGGAGGAGACGGAGAGCUGCGAGCUGUGAAGUUCCUUGUCCGCCGGGAGCCACUCUAGCCUCGUCCUCGGAUCUUCCUGCUCCCCGGGGGAACUGUCGCCUCCACCUGGGACCUUCUGGGAUGUCUGCCCACAGCACCGGCUGAAGCAACGGCAUCUUGUGGGCUGAGGAGAAGCUGUGAAGUCCCUUGUCCGCCAGGAGCCACUCUAGCCUCGUCCUUGGAUCUUCAGCCUCCCGGAACCUUCUGGGAUGUCUGCCGACAGCACCGGCUGAAGCAACUACAUCUUGCGGGCUGAGGAGAAGCUGUGAAGUCCCUUGUCCGCCAGGAACCACUCUAGCCUCGUCCUUGGAUCUUCAGCCUCCCGGAACCUUCUGGGAUGUCUGCCCACAGCACCGGCUGAAGCAACGGCAUCUUGUGGGCUGAGGAGAAGCUGUGAAGUCCCUUGUCCGCCAGGAAACCUCUCUAGCCUCGUUCUCGGAUCUUCCCAUCUCCCUAGUGAAACUGUCACCUCCCCCCUUGCAACCUUCUGGAGCAUCUGCCAACAAGGCAGGCUGCAGCAACGACGUCUUGUGGGCUGAGGAGAAGCUGUGAAGUCCCUUGUCCGCCAGGAAACCUCUCUAGCCUCGUUCUCGGAUCUUCCCAUCUCCCUAGUGAAACUGUCACCUCCCCCCUUGCAACCUUCUGGAGCAUCUGCCAACAAGGCAGGCUGCAGCAACGACGUCUUGUGGGCUGAGGAGAAGCUGUUAAAUACCUCUCCUGCCUGGAACCUCUCUCUCCAUUCUCAUCAUCGGAUCUCCCCAGCCCCGUGGUGGAAAUUCUUCCCCUUCUGGAACCCUCUAGGAUUCCCGCCUGCAGUUGUGGAUGCAGAAACCAGAUGCUGUUGAGCCGAAGAUAAUACGAAGAGCUGUGAUCUGAGAAGUCCCUUUCCCGCUUGAAACAUCUACACCUUUGCCUUUGAAUCCUCCCAUGCCUCGGACUCCCUAAACCUUCUGGCGCACAAGCUACAAGAAUGCACACGCACCAAGGUCUCCAGCACGCUUGUCGAGAAUAGGGUGAGCUGCCAGCUGCGAAGUCCCUUCUAUAUAGAAAAAAAACACUAUCUUUCUUAGUCCUUGGAUACUCCCAGAUACAUGCCGACCGUCUCCUCAUCCUGUAAGUCUCUGGAGUCCUUCCUUCAGUGAUCUGCCCUCCAGUAGGCCGUAGACGCAUCGCGAUGGACCGAACUGUUCCACAGAGACUGUGACUGUGUGUGAGGGUGCUGUGAUAAAUGUAGCCUAGUAUAUAAAAAAUUGAGUUUUAGAACAAUGUCGGAAACGCGCCAAGCACACACCAAAGAGAUUAAACAUUUUUCUAUAAGACUAAACUGAAUAUUAUUGCAUAAUGUUGAUAUUUAAAGUUAUAGUAAACAUGAAUUGUUUUUUAUUGUGUGCCACGAUUUCAACCGAACAGAAAAUGAGUUCAUCAUAUUGUGCACGAAACAUUUAACAGUGACAUUUGAAAUCCAAAUAUGUUCCAUUGUUGCCCCUGUGGGAAUCGGAGUUACUACAACAUAAAUUUAGUUUUAGCAAAAUAAGCAAUGCUUGUUAAGAAAAAAAACUAUCGGCAUAGAUAUUAGUGCGCAGGCAAACUACCAAAAAACUUAAAAAUUUCCUUAGUGUGAUUUAUGCAAUGACAACAUUGUGCUUAUCGAAACAGAGAAAAAAAAACUAGUUGAACACCCCAGUCGCCCACUGUUGACCUUUCAGGCGAACAAAUCUUUUAUGCUGCUCCCCGACUGUCGCAUACCGUAUAGUUGUAGGUGUUUAUAUGUAGGUGUACGUACUACUUGUAGCGCCUUUGGUGGUGUCCCUUGGCCUUUCUUGCGGGAUCGUCAGUCUAUUCGUCGUACCACCGACCUAACGUCGCCCAGGUGAAGCCAGCAUCGACAACGGGAAAGACAUUCCAUUGGCAAAGUUGUCGCACCCGCCACACGUCGUUCACGUUCUACGGUCGACGGUAGUCCACCUCGAAGAAGCAGCGCUCCUGCGUCACCAGCCCGGAGUGCUCAUCGCAAGGGAUGCUCACAUCUUUCGGCAGCCGCCUGAAUUGCUACUGUUUAGAGAUGCCGGUUCUGGAAACACACAAGACAUUCUGGACCGGAGCGACUAUUCUCUCGCGCCUUGGCGAGUAAGGGACCCUAAAUGUGACCACAUGGAUUUACACAAGACUGAGGUUGCCAUCUGAACACCAAGAUGAAGCAAAGCAACACAAUGGCAGCAGUAACUUGGAGAUUCGUGCAACACUCCUUUAUGUUUGCUUGCUAUGACUCCAUCAACAACACAAGGAAUUUUAUAUUUCCUAAUGAUUUGUCAUUUAUUACCAAACAUUUUCUCUGUUCAUUCCCGACCUCGACGUAAAUGUAACUCUAGAAAUGUUAUCAUCGCAAGGUUUUUAACAAAUUUUUGUUCAAACCAUAAUCUGUGUAUGACUAUUAUGAUAGUAAUUAUUGUAAGAAAUGGCUGUUUCACGCAUCGAAUAUUUUGUGGAAAAAAUUAUUUUUAUUGACAGUAAUAAUUAAGUGUCCAAUCAUAUCCUAAAUAUCGUGUUCUCUAGAAAAAACAUCUGUAUAUUAAAAUCACCUUUAAAUAUUUCCCUCUAAAUCAUUGAAAACAUUUAAAACUGUCUAAUUUCCAAAUACAAUUAUUUUUUUAUCAAACAUGAAAUAGUUAAUUAUUUAAUACUAUUUCUUUCACGUCAUUUUUAUUUUGUGACUAAUAAUUUAAAGCGAUUUUAUCGACAGAUGAAGUAAAGAAGUAAAUAAGUUUAAAAUAGUAUAUUCAAAUCAUGAAUGCAAUUACUUAAGUUUGGUUCAUUCUUGAAUUUUAUUCCAGAACCAGUGAGUCUGCGUCAAAGACCUGUAUCAAACAUAUAUAAUGUUUAACACGUUCAUUAUUUGUUUUAAUAACUUAUACUUUUGGUCCCUUUUAUUUAUAUUAAAGCAAUAUUUAAAGUUUCGUGCUAUUUAAACGCAAUUUAAGGUAGUUAACCGUUCAACAAAAAAAUCAUGAAUUAAGUUAAAUUUUUUAAUUAAAAACAUUUUUGAAGUUGAUUAUUUCAUUUCGACUGAAAAUUUUAAAAGGCAGAUGAUACUUUACCCGACAUGUUUAUGUUAUAUACGAAUUUAUAUAAGAAGCUAUGAUCAGCAAAACGAAAUUUAUGCUUAACACAUUAGUUUCAUUAAAAAAAAAAAUUAAUUAAUUAAAACAAAUCUUUGCUCUUAGAAAAUGUACACUAAUUUUACCUAACAUAUUAUCGCGCAUAUUUUCAACUUA